AAUAUUAAAUGUAAUAACAAUAUACAACUUAAAAACAAUUGUAUUACUAAAACCCUCCCACAUAUUAUUAAUCACUUCCCAAAUAUCAUCCUAGCUUCACUAACCUUUAUUCCUUAGUUUCCCCAUCCUUAUUUGCAUAUAUAAAAUUCUAAAAACAUAUAAAGUUUCAAUCUUGGCGAGAAAAGAUGGCCUCGAGGAGUGACUAUGGUGAAGAAAGCAUGACACAAGUUUCAGUGUUGCAAGAUGGAUUUUGUGCGAGUCGAAUACUCUCGAGGGAGUCAUCCAUUGGCAAAUCUUCGCGAAUUUAUUAUCGGUCGGCUGAAGGGAUCCCCUUCAAGUGGGAAUCCAUGCCGGGGACGCCGAAACAUCCCCAAGAAGACGAUGUUGUGCCACCACCUAGUCCUUCGCCAUUGAUGCAAAGCUUGGGGCUUUCCUUGCCCAACGUGGAUCAUGAUAAGCCUCAAAGAGUCCCUUUGAAAACAUUUAAGAUUGGGAAUCUUAAAGAAAUCAUGAAAAGAAGGAUCAAUUUUGACGUGGAGAUGAUGCUAGGAAAAAAAAAUAAAAAGAAGCCUGGAGCUUGUGUAGAGGUAUUGGAGGUAGUUAAGGAUUCGAGUGUUUCUUCUUCUGCUUCGACUUGUUUGUCCGAAUCAUCGUCCUUCUCGUCCCACAGCCGCAUGUGGGAUUUAUCCAUGAACGAUGGCCCGUUUUGUUGCAGCCCUUGGAGCAUUCCUUCGGUUGAAGGCAAGACAAGAAUAUACUACUGCAGCGGCAGCCACGACGACACGGCAUUUGCAAUGGAAAAAGAAGAAGUUGAUGAUGAUCAUGAGGAUGAUUCAUUAUUCCUCAAUAGGAUCCUGCCAAGAUUACCUUCGGGCGACCUUUCAGGCCCUUCUUCACAUGACAUUAAUAAUAAAAGAGCUGCUGCAGUCGGAGUUCCUUUCCAGUGGGAAAUGCAACCGGGAACGCCAAAAAGGCAGCUGCCGGAAAAUGAUGACCUGAUCCCACCUCAGAGACAGCUUGCUCUUCCACCCCCGAAAGCAGCCAUUGUCAGAAAGGGGCCCUGGACGAGAACUGCCUGGAGUUGGAUUAAGGACAAGGGACGAGGAACUUCAAAAAUGGGUACUGCAACUGCAAUCAGCCACCGGAAAACAACUAAGUUUGCUCUGUCCUGGAGAUACUUUAAGUCAUCAAGCUAAUCUUAGGCUUAAUUUGUAGUGAUCUAUCUAUCUAUCUAUACAUAUAUAUAUGCCUUAAUUUACAAUUUAAAUAUUUAUAUAUAUUGCCAUGAAUAUAUAUUUAUAAUUGGAAACAUACAUGUACCCGCGGCGGAUAUAAUCAGAAUUUUUUUUUUUUUUUUUUUUUUUUUAUUAUGACGCGGGAAAUAUAAUGAGAAUUGUUGAUUAUACAUAAUUAUGUUUAUGUUGUGUGCGGUAUAUUUACUA